UGUGGACCCGACCAAUUCAUUGCCCGACCUCUGCGUGUGCGUGCCCCCGAACAGGUGUGUGACGGCUGUCCGACUCCAUCCCGGGCUGCACGGACGAGCAGUACUGCGAUUCCUGCCCGGCCGAACCUACUGUUGUGCGACGUUCUGCGUGGCCACCUGGCAAAUCUGCGACGGCGUGAAGGACUGCAUGGACGGCGAGGACGAGAGGCUGUGCGCGGGCGUGAGGGGGUCCGACAACUGCGACCUCGGCUUCUAUCGUGUCCGUCGGGUCGCUGCCUGCCCGAGAUGUCGGUUUGCGAUCGCCGCGUCGAUUGCCCGGACGGAGAUGAUGAGACUCACUGCUUGGAUGAUAAUUUCGAUGUUUCUCGCUAUAUCUCCGUCAAGCCAUCAGUUGUCGGGCCUCAGAGUUCAGAGCCAAGCCGCCUCCUCACGCCCACGCUGCAGCACCCGUCUCGCGGAGUGGGCGUGUUGUCGUUCAAGUACCGCCUUGAUGCCUGGCUCGGGGCGUCCAAUGCUACGAUUAGCGUGGAGUGGUACAGGCGGACAACCCCAGCAUGGGCGUGCAACCGUGGGCGGUUUGGCGACAGAGCGGGCACAAGGGGCGGCACUGGCUCUCCACCACCGUUCUCGUCCCGCCCAUGGAGGACAUGGAGCGGUAUAAGAUCGCGUUCCUCGUCUCCCACGACAACCACACCCACCAGUCCCAGCAACUCCACUUGGCCGACCUCGACUUCAAAGUGGUGCUCCCUGAGGCUCUGAACGACGUGGGGUCGUGGCUCCUUCGCUGCGAGUUCGAGGACAGCCUGUGCGGGUGGUCCCAGCCGACGACGGAGGGAGACUACUCGUGGGUGUUCGCCAGGGCCUCGCCUCACGCCCGCCGCACCGGACCCAUUACAGGCUACCCUGACGGAGGCCACUCUGGUUUCCUCUUCGCCGACUCCCUCCACGGCGUCGAGGGCAGCACGGCCGACCUGUUCAGCCCCCCCCUGGUGCUCCCGGGGGGUCCGACCCGGCGCUCUGCUUCAGGUUCGCCGUGUUCCUGUUCGGCGCCCACGUGGCCAAGGUGUCGGUGCACGUGCUGCAGCGCAUCGGCGACGGCACCCACACGGCCGAGCUGUUCCACGUCGUGGGCGGCAAGGGGCUCAGCUGGAUCCCGACGGGCGUGACGGUGGUGGAGGACGACCUGGCCGACCCGCGGGCGCCGCUCGUGCUGGUGGUGCGGGCGACGGCGGCGCCGGGCCCCGAGGCCGACAUCGCCCUCGACCACGUGUCCGUCCUGCGCGGGGCCUGCCACCGCGACCCCGUCCUCGACACCAACGUCACCCUCCACGCGGCGCUGGCCCACCCGCACGCC